AUGGGAGGCGUGAGCUUCUUCCAAAGUGUACAGCCUGGAGGCGAGGGUGCGGAGAGCAGCUUCACAGUGGAGACUGCUGACAGACGCAGCCUCAGCUGGGUGAUCAAGUCCAGCAUCAACAGCCCCACGUCAUGUGGAUGCUCGGCGGGCCGCCCCUCCCACCCUCCCGCCGACGCUUCCCUCGACCCGGCCGCCACGCCCGCGCGCAGUCCCCGGCCGUCCCGAAUGCCCGGCGCGGUUGUCCGGCGCGGUCUCAAGAGCGGAGCCCCGAGGCGUGCUGGGCAUGCGCGGGCCGCCGGGCGCAUGCACGGUCCUCUGGGGAGGCGGAAGCUUGCGCCGCCCGUCCGUUCGCGGCGCCGCCUCGCAGUGGUCUGCCCUCGCCUCCAGGCGCCCAGCGCGGUCCGAGUUCUUGGAGGACUAUGGAAAGAGGAAAGAGAAGCUAGGGGCAUUUCCUUUAAACCGAUGUUGGAUUUCUUCACAGGGUUACCGUGGCCUUCGGAACUAUUGCGGAAGCAGGAGAAGAUUCUGUAACUGAGAGGCAUUCUUCAAGCUGCUGGAAAAUAUUACAGAAGGAGCACCUCCCAAAUUUUGCUUCAAUUUCUGAGAAAAGGAGCACACAGGGGAAACUUAGUGUGGAUGUGGAUCGAAGCGAACGCUGUGGGAGCGAUGAACGGGGACUUGGUGCGCGGACGCCUGGUCUGAUCUUGAGAGACCUGAGUUUAUGUUGCUGGAACUGGCGGGCCAAGGGGCCCUGAGACCAGCAGGUGCCGUCUGUAUGGAGAAGAGCGGCUGUAGUCCAUUUCCAAUGUGUUGGGCUAAAGGUAUACGUAAUUUAAAAAUCUAUUUGGUUUAAAUUUUAUUCAGAUUCAUGCAUUUGCACUAAAAAGAUGGGUAAGAGUUUUUCAGACUUUAAUUCAAAUAGAUUUACAAUUAAAUUUAAGGAAAAAUGAAAAUUGAUGUGGUAUAGGUUUGCAGCUCUUGGCAUAAAACUAACUAGGUAGCUUUUAG